AUGGCGGCAAUGAACGAUGAUUCUACUGACACAGAAACAUUGCUUCGUGAUGUCCAAGAGGAAUCCAUCUGCCCUAUUUGUUCCAGGCCUUUCAAAAAUCCUAAAAUACUGCCUUGUCUACAUUCGUUUUGUGCUGAGUGUGUUCGAGAUUUAGUCCGUAAUCGCCAAGGGAAGGAUUUUCUUCAGUGUCCAAAAUGCCCUAAGGGAGUCGAGCUUCCCGAACCUUAUACUCCUGAGACGCUGCCACCAUCCUUAUAUCAUAGACGUUUAUUGGAUUUACGACUGUUGGAAAACCCACAAGAUUCGUCGGCAAGCUGCGGAAGCUGUAACAAGGGUUCGUCUGUCGUGAGCUAUUGUUUCCACUGCGGGGAAUUUUUGUGUACGGACCACGAGGAACAGGCGUUCGAAUUCCUAUGUAACGACUGUAACACAUGUAUAUGCCAUAAAUGUGUACUUUCAAUGCACCAAGGGCAUUCCUCAACAUCGCUCGGCCAAGCUUCGGAAACUCGUAAGCCCUUGCUAUCCGAAGGUAUAAAGAAGCUAAAAUCUAGGAUUCCUAUUUGUGAGCGUCAAGUUAAAAGAGCAAAUGAUGCAGCAAUGUUGCUAGAAAGAAAUUUAAAUACGGUGAGACUGCAGAUUAAAAAGAGAAUUGAAUCUCUAAUCGAGAUAUUAAAAAAUCAUGAACUACAGAUGAUGGUGAAGCUUGAUAAUAUUUACAAAGAACACAGCCGUAAAUUUUCCUCACAAAGAAAGACAUUUGAAAAUAAAAUGAACCAAUUAAAUGAAUGUAUAGAAUUCUCUCAUUCAGUUCUUCAGAGGAAUCUAGAUUCAGAGAUUUUACAAACAUUUCCAUUUGUGACGAGAAGGUGUGACGAAUUGGAAAAAGUCACGCAAGAGACCUCGAUGAAAACACCGGAAGUUGUCACGAUUUCUUAUGUUACUGAUAAGAGCGUGGACGAGACUAUUCAGAAAAGUAUACUAGGCAGAGUCCAUGUGAGUCCUACUGAUAUACAGAGUUCUACAGUCGAGGGAAAGGGUUUACAUGAGGGUCACCCAAACCACCAAUCACAGUUUACUGUCGUGACAGGAAGUACGUCUGGAAGAAUGUGUCACGCUAAAGGCGACAACGUGACAGUCAAAGUUAGUGACCCAAGAAAUGUUUUUAUUAAUGCUGAUAUUGAUGACCGCAAAGAUGGCCGGUACAUUGUGAGUUUUACUCCACAGUUAAUCGGAAGCCACGAUAUCACCGUGUUAAUAAAUGACAAGAACGUGAAGGGAAGUCCAUUCCUGCUCCAAGUCGGCGAACGCUACAAACUCUUGGAUAUCUUUGGAUCUGGCGGGAACGAACAGCUUUUUCAACAACCCCGCGCCGUAGCAACGAACGGCUGCGGUGAGCUUGCGGUUGCGGACAGCGGUAACCAUAGAAUUCAACUUUUUGACUGCCAUGGAAAACAACCUAAAUUUAUCCGCCAGUUUGGUUCAGCGGGUAACCAAAAAGGUGGCAUGCGCUGGCCCUCGGGGGUAACCUUCGACUCAGAAAACAACCUCCUAGUGUCGGAUACUGAAAAUAAUCGUAUACAAAUAUACUCUAAAGAAAAGGAAAUCAUCUUGGGUUUUGGUCAAGACGAAGUUGAACACCCUCAAGGUAUAUGUGUCACAGAGAGAGGUAACAUCGCUGUUUGUAGCGGUGGACAAUCACCCGGAGUAAAGCUUUUCUCGGAUAAUGGCAAGUUCAUUCGGCAAUUCAACAACACCGAGAAUGGCCGGUUUCCGGCUUAUAUAACUUACGACCGCGGACGGUUUUUCGUGUCGUACGCUGAUGGGAGCGUUGUCAAGGUAUUUGACGAUAAUGGAUCGUUUUUGUAUAAUAUUGGAUUGAAAGAAAGCGACCCUCAUGUUGAGCUUCGACCGCGUGGCCUUACCAUCGAUAGUGACAAUAACUUACUUGUUAGCGACUGUAAAGGUCUUGGUAUUCAGAUUUAUUCUCUGGAUGGGAAGUUUCUGAGUACGUUUGGUGAAGAACAGGAGAAGUUUGGUUUAUGUCGUUAUGUUGAUGUUGCGGUUACUAAUGAUGGGAGGCUUUUUGUUUUGCAGGAUUAUGGUUUCAGUAACAGAAUACGAAUCUUUCAUUAA